AUGUUGAGCACGAGAAGAAUGGGUUGCUGCUCUACGACCGACGGCCGAAACUGCCCAAGAAGGAUCUGCGGGCCUUCUUCAAUGGAAGCUUGCUGGCUGACCGAUGGAAGCUUCCAGCGAAGAAGCGGGUGCGACGGGUGCGGCGAUCCAGUGGCAAAGCGGUGA